GCAUAGCAGCCUAGUAGUAAUCUCGGGGAUGUUACACAAUAUUGACAGCCAGGGGGAAGCGUCGUACAAUGCGUACAGUAGACUACAACCAGGAAGCGAGCGUCAGAAAAAGUAUCUCAACCCGUGCCGUGCCGAAGCGUCAGUAGAGGUACAGGGCGGCUCGUUUCAACUUCUUCCUUCAACCAUCACAAAGUGUGUCAAACCUCUGCUCGAGUCGGAGACAGGUGCUGGAAGCAAACAGUGGCCAUUUAUCUAGUCUAUAGGGUUGCGUGCGGUCACUUUAAUCGGGGUUUAAAGACUAUAGAAUAGCUUACACGCACGGAGAAAGAACAAGACUUGUGGAAGAUUCACUUUUCGCCUCCGUCUCUCACAUCAUGGCUACAACAACCUGUACCAGGUUUACUGAUGAAUAUCAGCUGUACGAGGAGUUGGGAAAAGGUGCCUUCUCUGUGGUCAGAAGAUGCAUGAAGAUCUCCACCGGUCAGGAGUACGCUGCCAAAAUCAUCAACACCAAGAAGCUCUCUGCUAGAGACCACCAGAAGCUGGAGAGGGAGGCUCGCAUCUGUCGCCUGCUGAAGCAUCCCAACAUCGUGCGGCUUCAUGACAGCAUAUCUGAAGAAGGAUUCCACUACCUUGUCUUCGAUUUAGUCACUGGAGGGGAACUGUUUGAGGACAUUGUGGCCAGAGAGUACUAUAGCGAAGCAGAUGCCAGUCAUUGCAUUCAGCAGAUCCUAGAGGCCGUGCUCCACUGCCACCAGAUGGGCGUGGUCCAUCGCGACCUGAAGCCAGAGAAUCUACUCCUGGCCAGCAAACUGAAGGGUGCCGCGGUGAAGCUGGCGGAUUUCGGCCUUGCCAUCGAGGUGCAGGGGGAUCAGCAGGCAUGGUUUGGUUUUGCUGGGACUCCCGGGUACCUGUCACCUGAGGUUCUGAGGAAAGACCCCUACGGGAAGCCAGUGGACAUGUGGGCCUGUGGUGUUAUCCUCUAUAUCCUGCUGGUGGGCUAUCCUCCUUUCUGGGACGAGGACCAACACAGACUCUACCAGCAGAUCAAGGCUGGGGCCUACGACUUCCCCUCUCCAGAGUGGGACACGGUCACUCCUGAAGCCAAGGACCUGAUCAACAAGAUGCUCACCAUCAACCCUGCCAAACGCAUCACCGCCGCCGAGGCGCUCAAGCACCCCUGGAUCUGCCAACGCUCCACUGUGGCCUCCAUGAUGCACAGGCAGGAGACUGUGGAGUGCCUGAAGAAGUUCAAUGCCAGGAGGAAGCUCAAGGGUGCCAUCCUCACCACCAUGCUGGCUACACGGAACUUCUCUAGCAAGACCCCCUUCAACAAGAAGCCUGAUGGAGUGAAGAUCAACAACAACAAAGCCAACGUAGUGACCAGCCCCAAGGAGCCGGUCCCUGCUCCUGUGCUGGAUAAACCAAGCGAUCCCGGAGCUCCUAGCGAGCCUCAAACUACUGUUAUCCACAAUCCCACUGAUGGACAGAAGGAGUCCAGCGAGAGUGCUAACACCACCAUCGAGGACGACGAUGUGAAAGCUUACAUGUUAACCAUGAAAGCACGCAAGCAGGAGAUCAUCAAAGUAACUGAGCAGCUGAUUGAGGCAAUCAAUAAUGGAGACUUUGAGGCCUACACGAAGAUCUGUGACCCUGGCUUGACCUCUUUUGAACCUGAGGCCUUGGGGAACCUGGUCGAAGGCACCGACUUCCACCGAUUCUACUUUGAGAAUGCUUUGUCUAAGGGCCAUAAGCCCAUUCACACCAUCCUGCUGAACCCCCACGUGCACCUGAUUGGUGAGGAUGCGGCAUGCGUGGCCUACAUCCGCCUCACCCAGUACAUGGACGCUAACGGCAUGCCCCGCACCAUGCAGUCUGAGGAGACGCGCGUCUGGCACCGCCGGGACAGCAAGUGGCAGAACAUCCACUUCCAUCGCUCUGGCUCACCCACCGUGCCCUCCAACUAGUAUGGCCUCCGAACUGCCAGGGAAACACUUCCUGCCAGCUGAGCAUUCAUCCUGCCUACCCAGUCUCGAUCACACCCUGUCCCCGCCCACUUCAAUUGCUCUACCCAAUGGGAGUCUUGUUUACAUAUCAUCACUGCUAGACUUGGGGAUCUAGAGUGGUGGGCCGGCCAACUCAUGAUAUCAUUAUUGUGUGUCUUUUUUUUUUUGUAUAAGUUGGGAUGGUGCACAUCAUUUUUGGGCUGAUGCUUUUACGUCAUUCCCAUAACAGUGCAGUAAUCACAGACGAGCAUGUAAUUAAAGUAACCCAUGGAACUUCCCAUUCCUUCUUCUUAUUAAAGUGUUGUGAUUAUUGUCAAAA